UAAAUGUGUCAUAUGUUUCAGCUUGCAUGUUCUCUUUUACACCCAUAUGCAAGUAAAAUAAGGAGUGUGGAAAGAUAAAACAUGCAGCCCGGAUAUAUUGUGCUGUACUGCAAGCUUUUAACUGUUUAGAUUCUUUGCAGCAACAGAAGAUUAAAACUUUUAUUGAAUUUGUUGGGAUCUGUGUGCAGCUAACAUAUUCUGAUGGCAACACAGACACUGAAAUAUAUAUCCGGCAUCACUGCCACAUCUGAGUCGCAGGUGAAAAAAGCACUAAUCAAAACAUUUAAUAAUCCGAGGCCUCUUCAAAGGGAUUCUACAAAGCUACAAAGUGAGGAAAGAACCAGUAUCAGUACGGAAACAAAAGAUUGCAGUUUGUAAGGAACUGUCUCCGCUUUCCUUUUGUGAUUUAUAAUAACCACAGUUGUAAUUUAAUGCUGAAAACCGGUACAAGAUUUCAUGCAGAAAACACAUGUAUUUCAUAAAUCAUGUCCAUGAGGAGAUUUAACAAAAAACAGUCAAAGACGUUUAAAGUUAAAAUUAUAACAAUGGAUUCUGAAAUGGAACACAACUGUGAGAUUAAUUGGAAAGGGAAAGAUCUCUUUCAUUUGGUGUGUAGAUCAUUGGGAUUGAAAGAGACUUGGUUCUUUGGUCUGCAAUAUACAGCAGAUGGAAUGGAUAACUGGCUGAAGAUGGAAAAGAAACUGCUACAGCAGGAAAUACCUAAGGAAGAUCCAGUGAAAUUCCAUUUUUUAGCAAAAUUCUACCCAGAAAAGGUGUCUGAGGAACUGGUGCAAGAAAUCACUCAACAUCUCUUCUUCUUGCAGGUUAAGAAGCAAAUUCUAGAUGAAGAGAUCCUUUGUUUCCCUGAAGGUCUGUUUCUUUUGGCAUCUUAUGCUGUUCAAGCAAAGUAUGGAGACUACAACCCAAAUAUACAUCAGCCUGGAUUUCUAUCCCAAGAGGACCUCUUACCAAACAGAGUUCUUGAACAAUUUCAGAUGACCUCAGAAAUGUGGGAAGAGAAAAUAAUAACAUGGUAUGCAGAGCACAGAGGAAUUGCUAGAGAUGAAGCAGAGAUGAAUUACUUGAAAAUUGCUCAAGACUUUGACAUGUAUGGAAUGACCUACUUUCCCAUCACUCAAGCAAAGAGUGAUGCUGAUGUUCUGCUUGGAGUUGAUGCAAAAGGGAUCCAUAUCUACAGCACAAAUGAUAAGAUUUCUCCAUUAAAAUCUUUUAAAUGGGGGGACAUCAGAAAUAUUUCUUACAAUGUUAAGAAACUGAAAAUAACACCAUGUGACAAAAAAGCUGAUGUUUUCAAGUUUUAUUCUUCAGAUCAUAGACAUAAUAAACUGAUUUUAGAUCUUUGCAUUGGGAACCAUAACUUGUUUAUGACAAAAAGGAAAGUAGAUUCAUUUGAAAUCCAGCAGAUAAAAGCUCAAGCCAGAGAAGAAAGGACCAGAAAGAAGACGGAGCAUCAGAGGCUAGCAAGAGAAAAACAGUUAAGGGAAGAGGCAGAAAGAGCAAAAGAGGAAUUGGAGCAACGUCUUUUCCAAUUGGAGGAUGAAGCCAGACAGGCUAAUGAAGCAAUACAUAGAACAAAUGAGACGGCUGAACUGAUGGCUGAAAAGGCUCAAAUCGCAGAGGAAGAGGCCAAGCUCUUGGCCCAGGAUGCAGUGGAAGCAAGACAGGAGCUGCAGAGACUGGAGCUAGCUGUUCUCAAAAGUAAAGACGAGAUGCGGCUGAUGGAGCAGAAAAUGAGAGAAGCUGAUAUGAUCACAGUGAAACUUCUCAAGGAGUCAGAUAGAAGAGCUAAGGAGGCUGAGCAUCUAGAACAAGACCUGCACAAAGCCAGAGAAGCUGAACGGAUGGCAAAGCAGAGACUGCUAGAAUUAAGUGCUUUUUGUCAUCCUUUGGCAACAAGACGCUUUUCCUUUGAGAAAAGAGAAGAUCCCUGUGACUUUGGGCUACUGCAACAGGACACAUCUGAUACAGAUUUUAAAAGAUUAUCAUUAGAGAUAGAGAAGGAGAGGUUGGAUUAUCUGGAAAAGAGUAAACAGCUAGAAAGCCAAAUAAAUGAGCUGAAGUUAGAAAUCCAGUCUCUGAAGCAGGAUGAUAGGCAGCUCAGUCUCCUCUCAUUGUGGAAUGGUACACUCAGAUCUCAGGAAAACCUAUGUGGUGGCACACUUUGGAUGCAGACACAUGAAAAAGAUUGCUUAAGUCCUUACUUAAGUUCUUCAGUGAGCACAAUCCAUACUUUUCCAGAUAAUGAAAGGAGUUCCUAUAGCACUCUCAAUAGACCAUCACAUAUGAUGGGAAGUUACAGCCUGGGUAGAGGAAGCAGAACAAAUUCUAGACAGGCUGAAAAUUCCGAAUUUGACGUAAUAUAUAUUUGAAGGAAGACAGGAAAACUAAUUUGGAAAUAGCACAGUAUGACUGGACCAGAUAUAUUUAUUAAUAAUCAAACUGACAACCAUUGAUAUCACAACAGCAGCAGAACAACUUUGGAAAACAAAACAAAACAUGUUUCUUGUACUCAAACCAAGCUUUUUAUUGCAAUAAACAUUUUACAUGGACAAUUUACCUUUAAA